AUGAGCAGCCAAAACCACCUCGGUCGUCCACCUAGCUACACCUACACUGCCGGCGGGCGACCAGCAAGUCCACUGCCACCAGGCCAACACCAGCAGCUGGGCCACCAUCCUCCACCGCUGAACACCGGUGUCGCGUAUCCCCAGCACGGCCAUCAGAUGGCAGGUGCUCCUCCCCCCGGCUACGGCGGUUAUGCCCAGCACCCACAGCAUACCAGCAUCCCUCCGUCAAUAUCACAGUACCCUCCCGGCCGGCAGCACACGGAGUUGGAAGGCGGUGGUCGAAGCAAGGCUCAGCUCAUCGUGGGGAUCGAUUUUGGAACCACCUUUUCCGGCGUCGCCUACGCGUUCGCAACAAAUACAGAAGCAAAAGAGGAUAUAAUAACUGAGUGGCCGGGAGCGGGAACCCAUACGAAACAAAAGAUUCCUACUGUUUUAUAUUAUGAUCAGUUUCAAAAGGUGGUCGGAUGGGGCCCAGAUAUCGCCGACGCCCUUGCACCCACUGGCUACCCAAAGCAAGGGGUCCAAAAGGUUGAAUGGUUCAAACUUCAGCUGAUGAUCUCCGGGAACACCUAUAUUGAUCCAAUCAACCUACCCCCGCUCCCACCAGGCAAAUCGGAAAUCGACGUCGCAGCAGAUUAUCUGUUCAAACUGCGUGGAGCAAUGCGAAAUCAACUGUUGAAAACUCUUGGCGAAGUAUUCACACGGGAGGAAAGAAAUAUCCGCUACUUCUUAACCGUGCCAGCCAUCUGGAAUGAUGCCGGAAAAGCCGCUACUCGCGCUGCCGCCAUCCAGGCCGGCUUCUUGCGUGAUGAGAAUGACAAUCGGCUUACCUUGAUUACCGAGCCGGAAGCCGCAGCGAUGUUCUGUGCCAAGACCGGCCUGCUUAGUCUCAAGAUGCAUGAUGCUAUCCUGAUUGUUGACUGCGGUGGUGGUACGGUCGAUUUGAUUGCAUAUGAAGUUGAGGAGGAACACCCUUUCACAGUUUGCGAGUGUACGGCCGGCUCUGGAGAUUCCUGCGGGUCUACUGCCCUUAACCGAAAUUUCAGCAACAUUUUAAGAGCAAAGAUUCGAAAGAUGAAGCUGCCCGACGGCUCGAGGACCGCUGGAAAGGUGUAUGGCAAAUGUAUAAUGGAUUUUGAGAAUAGAAUUAAAGCAGACUUUCGAAAUAAUGGCCAGAAAUGGGCAGUCGAUGUUGGAAUUGAAGCUGACUUCCCUGACGCCGGCAUUGAAGAGGGAUAUAUGACUUUCACCAAUGAGGAAAUCCUUCAGUGCUUCGAGCCCGUCGUGAAUAGAAUCUUGGAGCUUGUACGGAACCAGAUUAUUGCGAUCCAGGCUCAAAAUCGACCACUUCAGAAUAUCCUCGUCGUAGGCGGCUUUGGUGCGUCCGAGUACCUCUUCCAGCAAAUCAAGUUGCACGUCCCGCCACAAUAUCAAACCAAAGUUGUCCGCCCAAUGGACUCUGUCGCCGCGAUUGUCAAAGGUGCCGUCACUGCCGGUAUCACGGAACGGGUUGUAACCUCCCGCGUUGCCCGUCGCCAUUACUUAAUGGCAACAUUACAGCCAUUCAAAGAGGGCCAUCACCCCGAGCAAUACCGUGUUCCCAGCUUGGAUGGCAAGGAUCGAUGCAAAUAUACCCGUCAGAUUUUCGUCCAAAAAGGCGAACGAGUCAAGAUUGGUGAGCCGGUUAAGGUCAGCUUUUUCCGCCAGGUGGCUCCUGGUGCAACUCUCAUGUAUGAGGACAUCUUGUAUGCUUGCGAUGAGGAUGUAUGCCCGGAAUAUACCAAGGAUCCACGCAUCAAGGAGGUUGUCACUCUUACAUCCGAUCUCUCUAGAAAAAAUUUAGAGAAAGAUUUUGAACGGAUGGAUACACCUCAAGGCACGUUUUAUCGAGUUUACUUUGACAUCUACCUUACUCUCGAUGGAAGCGAGUUCAACGCGGAACUUGUCUGCCAAGGGGAAGUCAUGGGCCGGUGUUCAGCUCGAUUCCGAUAA